AUGACCGACCAUCUGGUAGAUCAGCUACGAAGCACACAACUCAGCGAUGCCGUCCCUCCGCAAAGCGACGACUGGAAGAAAAGUCUGAAGCUCCCUGCCAAGGACAAUAGACAGCAAACAGAGGACGUAACGAAAACGAAAGGCUUGGAGUUCGAAAACUUUGCAUUAAAACGAGAUUUGCUCAUGGGCAUUUUUGAAGCUGGUUUCGAAAAGCCCUCUCCGAUUCAAGAAGAAGCCAUCCCCGUUGCCUUGACGGGCCGGGAUAUCCUCGCCAGAGCAAAGAACGGCACUGGAAAGACGGCAGCGUUCGUCAUCCCGGCCCUGGAGCGCAUCAACCCCAAAGUCUCCAAGAUUCAAUGUCUCAUUCUCGUUCCCACUCGUGAGCUUGCCAUGCAGACGUCACAGGUCUGCAAGACGCUCGGCAAGCAUUUGGGCGUCAACGUCAUGGUCACCACGGGUGGAACUGGCCUGCGUGACGACAUUUUGCGUCUGCAGGAACCCGUCCACAUUGUUGUCGGUACCCCCGGCCGCAUCCUCGAUCUCGCUGGGAAGAAUGUUGCAGAUCUCAGCGAGUGCCCCAUGUUCAUCAUGGACGAAGCCGAUAAGCUUCUGUCUGUCGAGUUCACCCCGGUCAUUGAGCAGCUACUCCAGUUCCACCCCAAGGACCGUCAGGUGAUGCUCUUUUCCGCCACUUUCCCGCUGUCCGUCAAGGAUUUCUCCGACAAAAACAUGGUCUCACCCUACGAAAUCAACCUCAUGGACGAACUCACGCUCCGCGGCAUCACCCAGUACUACGCCUUUGUGGAGGAGAAGCAAAAGGUUCACUGUCUAAACACGCUCUUCUCCAAGCUCCAAAUCAACCAGUCCAUCAUCUUUUGCAACUCGACCAACCGCGUCGAGCUGCUCGCCAAGAAAAUCACCGAGCUGGGCUACUCGUGCUUCUACAGCCACGCUAGGAUGCAGCAGCAAGCUCGCAACCGCGUCUUCCACGACUUCCGCAACGGCGUUUGCCGGAACCUGGUUUGCUCUGACCUCCUCACCCGCGGUAUCGAUAUCCAGGCUGUCAAUGUUGUCAUCAACUUUGAUUUUCCCAAAAACGCCGAAACCUAUCUGCAUCGUAUUGGUCGAUCCGGUCGUUACGGCCAUCUUGGUCUAGCUAUCAACCUGAUCAACUGGGAAGACCGUUUCAACCUGUACAACAUUGAGAGAGAUUUGGGCACCGAAAUCCAGCCCAUUCCCUCCAGCAUCGACAAGAGUCUUUACGUCUACGAGAAUCCCGAAUCAAUUCCCCGCCCCAUUACCACCCUGCAAAAAAAUGCUCAGCAGCCUUUGCAGCAGAGGCUGUCUCAGCAACCAACGUCUCAACCACAACCACAACCACAACAACAACAACAACAACAACAACACCACCAGAACCACCAAAACCACCAAAACCACCAAAACCACCAAAACCAACAGCAACAAAACCAACAACAACAACAACAACAACACGGUAACUGGCAGAAUCAGAACGGUCAGCACAACGGCUUUGACGGCGGACGCAGCGGUCGCGGUCGCAAUCGUGGUCGCGGUCGCAGUCACCGAGGAGGAGGCGGAGGCGGAGGCGGCAGUCGAAGCCGUGGCCAGCCUCGCGAAGCUCAGUCAUAA